CCUCAUGUGCGGGGCGAGCCGCUACUAUCGUGACGAUGUCUUUGGGCAGUGACCUUGUGGGGCUAACCUGUCGUCAGCUUGGGGAAACAUGUUGUGUGACGAAGGCCGGCAUGAUGACAGAUGCAACUUUCACAAGCUAGCUAUCCACAACGCCCGACGUUACGUGCAGGCAAUCGCCGGUUCGUAUUGUGAGUUGCACGCAUUAGCGGGGCAGACAUGACGAUGUGGAAGUAUCUAGCGAUCGCCUUUGUCUAACCUGAUGAUUAUAUCAAGGCCCCUCCCUCAUGGCACCAGAGGCUUGUAACACCUUUUUACGAUGAGCACUUAGACACUUGAACCACUACGUCAACGACUAGAGACAUGGACUCCAAAUUGGCGACUAAAGUGUAUAGCAUCUUACCGGAGAGGGAUGCGUUUGUGGCAAUCGCCUUCGCCUCAUUCCUCAUCUACUAUGUAACCACCACUUUUCUCGCCUGGCGCCGCCUUCGCCAUUUCCCCGGCCCGCCUACAGCCUCCAUUUCCUAUCUCUGGGCCUUCCUCUCAGUUAUACGCGGGCGCUGCGACACAGCUAUCGUCAGCGCCCAGAAGAAAUACGGCAAGGCAGUGCGCAUCAGCCCCAAUGGGAUCAUGAUCUACGAUCCCGAGACCUUCUGGCAGAUAAACUCUGCGCGCAGCGCCUACGGCCGCUCUGGCUGGUACGGGAGCGCGAAGCUUCACCCGGAAGGUGACAGCGUGCUGAGCGAGAUGGACACCGCGCGGCAUGACAAACGGAAGGCUAACUUGGUUGGCGGCUUCUCUGGCAAGCGCUUGGCCAGCCUUGAGGCCUCUGUUGACGACCGGCUCGCAUCUCUGGUCAAUUACAUCCGACGCAAGGUAAGGGAUGUGCCAGGCAACAGGGUCAAGCUCAACUUCAGCAAGAUCAUCAGGUGGUGGCAGCUCGAUCUGGUCACACUCGUCGCGUUCGGUGUGCCUUGGGGGGACCUGGCUGAUGAGACUGAUCAUUACACCUUCUUGUCAGCCAUGGAUAGUGCUUUGCCUUUCAUCCAUUCGGUCUCUAUGGUGCCAUUCUUACGCAUGCUCGUCUUCUCCAAGUUCGUGCUCUGGCUGGCUGCUCCAAAGGUCACCGACAAGGAAGGAAUGGGGAGGUCCAUAAGAGAAAUGAGGGAAACAGUGGAUUCUCAUUUCGAGAACCCUAACGAGACAAAGCCUGGCCAGAAACACCCCGACAUGUUGGGCGAAUGGAUUGCAAAGGGUCAUGAUAAAAAAUCAUGCGAGUUGGACCUUGCCAUCUUAAUGCCUGCUGGGACGGAAACGAGCGUCACUGUAAUCCGUGGCGUGCUACUGCACAUCCUGUCAUCGCCCACCGUGUACCAGCAGCUGAAGCAAGACAUUGCCGAUGGAAUCAAGGACGGCCGGAUCUCACGACCUAUCACCAAUGGCCAGGCUAAGGCGAUGCCGUAUCUGCAAGCUGUGAUCAACGAGGGAAUGCGGAUGACCCCGCCCGUGAUCAACGGAUUUGCUAAGAAAGUCCCCCCUGGCGGUGACACCAUCUGUGGCAAGUUCGUACCAGAGGGCACCGAGAUCCACGCGAACUACGUCUCGAUGUUGAAUAACCCCGAGGUCUUUGGAGAUGACUCUGAUCUUUUCCGCCCGGAACGCUUCCUGGAGUGUGACAAAGAGCGGAGAAGCUACAUGCUGAAGACGGUCGAUCUCGCCUUUGGCUACGGUCGUUGGCUGUGCCUGGGCAAGCCCCUUGCUGUCAUUGAGCUGAACAAGAUUUUCGUUGAGCUGUUGCGGGCCUUCGACUUUCAAAUUUGCAAUGCCGAAAAUCCCUGGAGACGCAAGGUCUAUUCUGCUUCAGUAAUGCCUCAAUUCGACCUUCGAUUUUGGGAAAACUCCUUGGAUUAGGGUGCUCAGAGAGGUGAUCAUGAAUACUCGAGUACUGGUGAAAUCGGAAUUCUUUCCAAGCCCCAGCGAGAACAUGGAUUAGCAAUGCAUCAUAGGAGUCUCGUGCAGGGGUGACUGCGGUCUGGUCUUUGUGUGUGUUUUGUUGUGUUGGCAUUAAUGGCUUAUGGUAGUCUGCAAAUUUAAGUCCCUUCAUAUUUUUA